CUACUUGAACUGAGAAAGUAACAAUAAUCUUGCACCGGAGCUGAAGAAGCGGCCAGGUUGUGUCGGGAGAUCUGAACCUUUUUUAUUAUUUUCAUUUCCAUGGCUGCUUAGUUUUCCAGAUUAUGGCGCCCUUUUAUUAAGCUUGACUCAAUUCCUUUAUUGUUUUGAUUUAAUUUGGCUUUAUUUUCAAAAGCGCUGCACUUUCCAGUUAGUUCUCUCCGGCUUAGCAACAGCGACUUCACGCCUAGUAUUUCUUCUUUUGCAAAGAUGUCUGCACAAGGAAACGCGCUCGAUGGAGCCGAAGCGGUUUACCAGGAAAAUCAAGAAAACAUGCCUGCACGGUUAAGAGGAGCGAAUAAAAGCAGGCUGGAGAAUCAGGAGAACAUGAACGCUAACAGACCGAACACCAGGACCGUCCUGGGGGCUUUGGUGAACAACCCACGCCGACAGCCCGCCGCGCGAGGCUUAAAACAGGGCUCAGCACUCCAAGCCUGUAAAUCGGAAGACUGCAGCAAAAGCUAUGUCGAGAAGCCCGCAGCCAAACAACCUGCUUUUCAGAUUCACAUUGACGAACCUGAUGGCGCCUGCUCCAAAAUACAAGCGUCGGCCAAACAAGCCACCGUGGACGCCUCUCCGUUAACUCUGAACCCCAGAGUAACACGGCUCAGGCAGCCUCUCGCUACUAUUGACCUGCCCAUGGAGCUCAGUUUUGUAGAUUCUCCCAUGGACAUGUCGAUAGUCGAAGGUGAGGAGAGGAAUGUGAAUGUCAAUGAAGUUCCUGAUUACGCUGCUGAAAUCCACACACACUUGCGGGAGAUGGAGGUUAAGUGUAGGCCGAAGGCAGGCUACAUGAGGAAGCAGCCCGAUAUCACAAACAGCAUGCGUGCCAUCCUGGUGGACUGGCUAGUGGAAGUCGGCGAGGAGUACAAGCUCCAGAACGAGACGCUGUACCUGGCUGUGAACUACAUCGACCGCUUCCUGUCCUCCAUGUCAGUCCUGAGAGGGAAGCUGCAGCUGGUCGGGACAGCAGCCAUGCUCUUGGCUUCGAAGUUUGAAGAGAUCUACCCCCCAGAGGUGGCCGAGUUUGUCUACAUCACGGACGACACCUACACAAAGAAGCAAGUGUUAAGAAUGGAGCAUCUGGUGCUAAAGGUGCUGUCUUUUGAUCUGGCUGCACCAACAAUUGUCCAGUUUCUCACUCAGUACUUCCUCAGGCAGCGAGUCUGCAACAAAGUGGAGAGCUUGUCCAUGUUUCUCGGAGAGCUGAGUUUAGUGGAUGCAGACCCCUUCCUGAAGUACCUUCCGUCUCAAAUAGCUGCUGCCGCCUUUAUUUUGGCAAACUACACCAUUGCAGGGACUUCCUGGUCUAAAGCUAUGGCCGAGGCGACUGGCUACACUUUGGAAGACCUCAUGCCAUGCAUCCGAGAUCUCCAUCAGACCUACCUCGGUGCUGCUCAGCACGCACAGCAGUCAGUCAGAGAGAAAUACAAGGGCUCAAAAUACCAAGAGGUUUCUCUCAUUGAACCCCCACAGACGCUGAUACUGAAUUAACCCUGACUUGUACUUUAUUUUUAUUUUUUAUUUUUUUUUCACCUCCUCUUCCCCCUCACAAAUUCCAGACUCUAACCGGAAUUGUCUAGUCCUCCCGUUGCACAAACAUGUAACUGCAAUAACGGACACCGUAGCCUUCGUGUGUGUGGAGGAUGUGGUGACAUUAGCAUGUUGUGUAUAUUUUAUGGUCAGUCCUGAAGGACUGCUUUGUUUUUAUGCUUAAUGCAUCAGAUAUUUUGUACAGUAGGUAAUUGUUUAAAAGGUUUUUUUAAUUCAUUUUUUUUAAUGAAAGUAACUAAAGUGGUUUUCUUUACAAUUUCAACAGUGAUGUUGUUGUUUAUUUUUUUCUCCCAACCUGACAUCUUAAUAAACCACUGGUU